AUGCCUGGGAUCCUGGAGCAACCGCCAGAUCAGAGGACAGUGGAGGUCACACCAAGUGAAGAAGCGAGACUACGCGACCUCGAACUCGACCGUCUCCAUGGCCGACUACAGAAAGAUAACAGCCCUCGUCUUCAAGGUGAAUAUGGCCCUGUAGCCGAGUACAAUCGCCGCGUCAACUCCGGUGUCCUCAGAGACGACCAGCAUCAGCGCACCAUUAUCGAAUCGUUACAAGAUCUGCAUGACAUGUUGGCCGACUACAACCCACCCAUCGUCCAGGAGCCAACGAUAGAGUCCCUGCAGCCCAAGAAGAGAGGCAUAUUCUCCUCAAUCUUUGGCGGCGGUCAGAAGAUGCAGUCCAGCCUGCAAAUGCCCAGUGACUUGCCCAAAGGCUUGUACAUGUAUGGCGAUGUCGGCAGCGGCAAGACCAUGAUGAUGGACCUCUUCUACGACACCUUGCCCGAGAGCAUCAAGAGAGCCACGCGCAUUCACUUCCACAACUUCAUGCAGGAGGUACACCGCGAGCUGCACAAAGUCAAGAUGCAGCACGGCCAGGACAUUGAUGCCAUUCCUUUUGUUGCCGCUCAUAUUGCCAAACGCAGCAGCGUGCUCUGCUUUGACGAGUUCCAGUGUACUGAUGUGGCAGACGCCAUGAUCUUACGAAGACUGGUCGAGUCUCUAAUGCACCAUGGUACCGUCAUCGUGACCACUAGCAACCGUCACCCCACCGAGCUGUACAAGAACGGUGUUCAGCGCGAAUCUUUUGUCCCCUGCAUCAACCUUCUCCAGCGCCAGUUGCGUGUUCUCAACCUCGAUUCUCCAACCGACUACCGCAAGAUUCCUCGCCCUCCAUCGGGCGUAUACCAUUUCCCGCUCAACAAGGCUGCGAGCACACAUAUCACGCAUUGGUUCAAGUACCUAGGCGAUUUCGAGAAAGACCCUCCACACCCAGCCGAGCACUACGUUUGGGGAAGACCCAUUCAAGUGCCUCGAGCGAGUGGAAAAGCUGCGCAUUUCGAGUUUGACGAGCUGAUCGGCCGUGCCACUGGUGCUGCCGACUACAUCGAGCUGAUGCGCAACUACGACGCUUUCAUUGUGAGCAAUGUUCCGCAGAUGGACCACCGCAGCCGUGACAGAGCCCGUCGCUUUAUCACAUUCAUAGAUGCUGUUUACGAAUCACAUGCUAAACUCGUACUCACCUCUGCUGUACCGCUCACCGAGCUCUUCCUCUCGCGCGAGGAAGUCGACGCUGCAAUGAAGCAAGCGGCAGCCAAGGGCGACGGUAAUGCAGAAGCCGCGCUCAAGGAUGGUUCAGACGUCGACGAUGUCAUGCGGCAAAUGAUGGAUGACCUAGGCAUGAACAUGAACAUGCUCAAGAAGAGCAACUUCUUCUCUGGCGAUGAGGAAGCCUUUGCGUUUGCCCGUGCAUUGUCACGUCUCUCUGAGAUGGGCUCGCAGAUGUGGGUGGAACGUGGCAUGGGUCUCGAGAACAAGGGCGGCAAGAAGGAGAAGGAAGACUUUGCAAAGGUCAGGAGCAGGUGGAAGGAGGACAGCAUGUAA